UAGCUUUGAAUGGGCCUCUCUAGGAGUGCCAGAUGUUGAAACAAAGGUCUAAAAAUAAUCUUACAUCUAUCUUUCCAGGGAAGUCAGGGCACAAGCUCGUGACAGCUGCAGGAUCAGAGAAUCUGAGCAAACUUGGAGUAAGAAAACUUCCAAGACAGAUCUUGGUAAGAGACCCAAGGCUUUGGAUUUUCCCUCUCUCUCUCUCUCUUCCUUUGUGUUAAGGAUAAUUGCAUAAAGACAAGAGUGGUGUUUUCUGACUCAACCGUUUGGACUCCUCUUCUCUCUGGGGAAAAGCCGAAGCGAAUUGGAUCUCUUGACGUUCAGAUCUGGAGUUCUAAUUUCAAUUGUUCAUGAGGAGAAGCCGCUAGCCGUUGGAAUGGGGUGCAAACAGCUUUUCUGCACCAAGACCUUUGCCGCAACAAUAUGUGUCUUGCUUCUAUUCCCACAUUUGGGCUUCCCCCAAAAACGCUGGAAACGCAGACUUCACCUGAAGCUGACAGAGAAAUAUGAUGACUACGAGUAUCCCCUUCAUUCUCAUGGUGCACCCUACCAGAAGAACGAUCGCUGUCCGCCUCCACCGCAAACUCUUCCAGACCGGGCGUGUGAGGUGCCCGGAUGUCGUUCCGAUUCCGAGUGCGAAAGGCACAAACGUUGCUGCUACAACGGAUGCAUCUACGCCUGCUUAGACUCCGUGCCGCCACCCCCAGUUUUGGAUUGGCUGGUACAGCCCAAACCACGCUGGCUGGGUGGAAACGGCUGGUUACUUGAUGGACCAGAAGAAGUUUUACAAGCCGAGGCCUGUAGCACCACGGAGGACGGCGAGGAGCCCCUGCACUGCCCGACGGGAUACGAAUGCCACAUCAUCAACCCAGGCAAUGCCGCCGAGGGCAUCCCCAACAGGGGGCAGUGCAUCAGGCAACGGGGAAAUCCAGAUGGGCGGAACCUACAGCCUAAAUAUUACAAGGAAUACUUGGGUAAGACACCAGCAUUCAAAUCUGGCCAAGACUGUGAUGAAUUUGGUUUCAAGGCAUGUCUGCACAACCAGUUGCAGCCUGCGCUUUUCAUAAACCCAGCUAUCAUCUCUGGCGUGCAGGCAUCUGUGAAGGCCGGCCUUUGA